UUUAUCCACCCUGUCCCGCUCUGGGUAAGAGGAAACCCUGAACUGCUUCGGCUCGACCAGCUUUGCCCUUUUCUCUUUCUCUUUCCCUCUCUUUUUCACUCACACCCGUUGGACGUGUGCGCGCUCAGGACCAGAAUGGCAGCAUCAUCUGCACAGAACACACACAGGCCCUGCAAAAUGUUAGCUUUCGCUUUGCUUCUCAUCACCUCACUCUUCAGUGCAGGAGUCAUGGCACAGGAGGAUGAGGUUGUUGCAGCCACAGUGCCACUUGUGGACGCAUAUAUACGAGGAGACAUGAUUCCAUUGACGACCGCAGUUCCAGAGACAGAGGACCCACAAGGUCAAAUCCUGGUUCUCCCUACUAUGGAAUCUCUCGAGCCUACUGAACAGACUACAGCAGCAGCAGCAACAAAGGCAGCAGGAGACAAUGACAACGACAGGCCUGCAACUCCAGAGGAAGUAGGUGAUGAAGGAAUUGAAUUCACAGUUAAUGUGCUGACUGAAAACCCUGAAAUCGUGGAACCAGAGACCCCAGCACCUAUUCCUUCUAGAGGCGACGGCCCUGGUGACAAAAAACAGCCAGUGUCGGUGCAGGAUGAUGUCGUCUGUGUGAGCAAAGAGGCUGUCCAGGACAAAAACGCUGUCAGUCUAAAACUCAAGGCAUCCUCCAACUGCAAAAACACAAAAGUGAAGAUUGAAAGUGUUCUGCAGGAGCUGUGUGGGGAAGACUGUAAACUAGAGAUUUACCAGGAAGACAACACAGAUGAAAUCCUUGUGUCUGGGAAGUAUGUUGAAGAUGAUGUGGCAGGCAUGGCCAACAAGUUCAACAAUGACAACAUUAAAGACAAGACGGACGUGGAGGAGGCUGUUCCUCGCUGGGGCAGGAACUCUAAGUUGGUGCUGGUUUCCUUGCUGCUGACUGGCCUGUUGUUGGCUGCCCUACUGGUAGCCGGUUAUUACCUCAAGACGCAUCGCAAGAACUCCAAAGGAGUCAGACUGGCCGAGUCUUUCCAGGUGGAUGAGGAGAACCAGGCCAAUACCCUGGUGUCUGUGGCCCCCCUGCCCCAGGAGCCUCUUGACAAGCCCACUGUUAAUGGAGAGUCUCCACCAGAAAACGGGACCAACCCCACCCCCACUACUAAUGGACACUCUGCCACCCAGACCCCAGUGGCUGACACGGAGAUGUGAAUCAUGACACCUUCGACCUCCAAUCUCCUGUUCUACCAAUCACCCACUACCCACUCACCCCUCUCUGCUACCACAGUGUCAAAAACACUGAGACAAAUCCGAGCUGAAUCUGUCACAUACAUCCCCCACCCCCCCCUCACCCUGCAGCUCUCCGGAUGAUGACAACAAUGAUGAAGCCCAUGCUGACAAUAUGAUGACAAUGAUGACAGUGCCUGUAAUGUGAAAAGUUUGCGAACACUUACCUUUUGCUGGUGUCAAGUGGAGCCUGCAUACGCUGUUUGGGACUGAGACCGGCUGACAGGGAUUUGUUAGCAGUUCUGACUUCAGUCUAGUUGUAACAGUCUUUGUAGAAUCAUCAAAUAAUGCCAAAUAUGUUCUGUUGAUCCCUGAAGAAGCAGCAGAGAAUGCUCUGUUAUUUGAAUCCAAAACUGCGGGGCAAUGAAACCAAUGAAGCCAGGCAGUUGAACGUUAACUAAUUUUUGUACUGUUGUAAAAAGGACUGACACUCACUGCUUUCUUUCUUCUUUUUUUGUCUGCCUCUGUAUUUGUCUGAAAGUGAAUGAAGGAUGCAUCAAGUUCAAAUUUACUGAAAGUUGCCUACUUUUUCUCAUAUAUAAUUGUCACACUGUAAUUACAUAAAAAAAGAAAGCUGCCAUAUUUUCUUGGUAUCAUUGCUGGUGUUCAUCACAGAAACUAGGAGAUCUGCUGACUAAGUAUUCAUAAACAAAAUUGUUAAAUAAAAAGCAACAAGUAGGAUCUCUAGUUUCACUACGGACCGAAACAAUGCUACCGAGGUUUUAUAAUGUAUCACCUGAAAACUAUGUAAUUGCCUCAAUGCUUUCAACUUUAGCCUACUGAACAACCAAACCUCUGUAACUGACCUCAGGUCAAUGUUUAAUUGGAUCAGGUUGCGAAGUACAUUUCUAUUUUUGUGUUUUUUUUAAAACAUAUUUUGUACAGUUUUUUUUUUUUUAACAAAUGCUAGUUUUCCUACUCUUAUCACUGUCUUAGGGAAUGGUAAAGCCAAAAAAAAAAUCACUGCCAUGAAAUUCCUUCGUAGCCCACAGCAGGUUCAGCAUUCCCAAGACUGCCUUUAUGUCCUUGUUGAUAUGAAACUUUCUUUUUUUACAUCUGUGGUACACAUGUUUUGCUUCUCUUUUAAACAACUGGCUGCUUUCAUAAUGUACUGCAUGUGUAAAUAAGCUUACUUUCUGUUAUUCGUACCUGUGCCUGAUUCAUAAACUGUGACUGUUGACAAUA